AUACUGAUAACAGUUUCAAAAGCGAACGUGAACGAUUCAGUUAUGGGCUCGUUCAAGCAUUUUUUUAGAAACACGAGUUAUUGAUUUUCGCAACCUUCGUUCGACGUGUCGCAAUAACAACUAGAGGAGAUUUGUGCAAAAUGACAUUCGUCAUUGUAGUUGGAUGGGUCAUUUUUACACUAAUAGUCGUCAAAUUGCUUUAUAGUGUGUCCCGUUUUAUUUACUCUGUUUACCUGAUUGCUGCGCUCGGACAUAGCCUUGAUCUACGCCGAUAUGGACCCUGGGCGGUCGUAACCGGAGCAACGGAUGGGCUGGGCGAAGCAUACGCUCGAAAGCUGGCGUCUUUAGGAAUGAACAUUGUACUAAUCGACCAAUCGCACAGCAAGCUUCAAGAAGUGGCAUACGAAAUCAAACGAGAGUAUCGCACAGUCCACAUUAGGACCAUCGCUGUCGAUUUCACUGAAGGACAGUCAAUCUAUCCGUUGUUGCGAUUCGAAUUAGCCAAUCUACCGUCCGGAGUUGGAUUACUGAUUAACAUCAUCGGCAUGGAUGUUUCAUUGGAUCCUUCUGCUGAGCUUACGCCAGACGAUAAGAUCCAGAAAAUCAUCAAUUGUAAUAUCAUGGCGAUGACGAGGUUAACCAAUAUGCUACUACCCGGGAUGAUUCAGAAACAGCGAGGAAUAAUUAUCAACGUAGGACCGUUAAGAGGCACUGAUUUUUCGAAUUUGACGAACACUUCAGAAUCCUACAACUUGGUUUAUGGGGCAACAAAGGCAUUCGUGGAAAAAUUUUCGCGUGAUUUAGCAGCCGAAUGCCGACAGGAUGGAAUAAUUAUUCAGUCAACAAUGCCUAAGAUGUUUGCAAUGAACAUUUCUGCUUUAAAGACUAUGCCAUUCUUGUGCGUCCAUACGCCGGACGCUUACGUGGAGGCCAAUCUUUUAACGCUUGGCAUGGAGUUCACAGCAACGGCCUAUUGGAUUUACAACAUUUUAGUAUUGACAAAAAAGUGGAAGAAAAAUAAAAAAAUAAUCACUUACUUUCGAUUUGUUAUUCAUAUCAAACGUAACAUUAAUAAUAUUUAGUGACGCAAAUGUUUGGCUCAACCCAUUUCCACGGUUCGUUUCCACGUUUCAUCGAUCCACGUUCCAUGCAAUAGCCUCAGGCCCUAGUGAAAGUAAAAGGCACUGACGCCACUGUGAUUGCACUCGGCCGUAGCUAUUUGUGUGGAGCUGGUAAGCUCGUCAUUGUCAGUAGAAAUCGCACAGAGAUCAAAACAAU